UUAUUGCCAAUCUCAUAUUACGCUCUAUGUUGAAAUUGAACAAUUAUUUAAAUCUCCUUAACGCGGGCCUCUUCGAGUUGUACAACGCCACCAUGUCGCUGCGACGUGCCAAUGUCGUGGAGGUGAUGGACUCCACCUCCAAUGAGGAUGCUGCCAACGACGACAGUGCCGUGGAAUCGGGAUCGUCUUCUGUCAAUUCGAUGGCAACGGAAAUCAAUUUAACCGCUGUAACAGGCGUCAGCCUAACCCCUACCCUAGCGCCCAAUGGCAUUAUCAAUAAUAAAUAUACGCAAAUAUCGAAGUGGUACAUUCGUGCUGAGGAGAGUAAGCGCAAAAAGCGCGCCGAACGCCAGCGACAACAGCAGCGCCAUCGCCGCGGCGCCAAAGUGUUUCGGUGUGUCAGUGAUUCGGCGGGUCAUUUGACAUUAGCACCCAGUCGCCUGUUCGAAAAGACACCCAUGAGUCCAUCGGAUAGUCUCGAUGAAAUUGCCCUGCAAAUACCCAGAGUACGUGUGGAAUACUAUGUUAAUGAAAACACAUUUAAAGAAAGACUGCAACUCUACUUCAUUAAGAAUCAGAGAUCAAGUUUACGCAUACGAAUAGCUGAUUUAUUUUUUAAAUUAUUAGCGUGUGUUUUGUAUAUAUUACGUGUGAUAACGGAUACAGAUCCAACCUAUGCCACAUGUUAUGGCUGUACGGUUAGCAAUAAAACGGAAUUUCUGGCUUCGGCCCAACUGACCGAAGAGGAGUUCCAGGAGAAACCCAUUAUCAAUUGGGAGGCAAUAUUGUGGGUGAAUCGUCCCACAGUGUUAUGGGCUGUUCAAUUAAUUUUAGCUUUAGUCUCACUAACGGAAGCCGUACUCUUAACAUAUUUAGGCUAUAAGGGAAAUAUAUGGCAACAAAUUCUUUCGUUUCAUUUUAUAUUAGAAUUAAUUACGACAAUACCUUUUGCAUUAACGAUAUUAUGGUCUCCAUUAAGAAAUUUAUUCAUACCCAUAUUCCUAAAUUGCUGGCUGGCGAAACGUUCCCUGGAGAACAUGUUCAACGAUUUACAUCGGGCCAUGCAAAAGUCACAGUCAGCCUUGUCACAACAACUGACAAUAUUGUCGGCCACAUUGUUGUGUUUAGUUUUUACCAGCGUUUGUGGCAUACAACAUUUUCAACGUGCCGGCCAUCGCCAUUUGAAUUUAUUCCAGUCCACCUAUUAUGUGGUGGUCACCUUCUCGACAGUGGGUUACGGUGAUUUCGUGCCCGACAUCUGGCCCUCACAGUUGUACAUGGUCAUAAUGAUUUGUGUGGCUUUAAUUGUUCUACCAACGCAGUUCGAACAGCUGGCCUUCACAUGGAUGGAACGUCAAAAAUUGGGCGGCAGCUAUUCCUCACAUCGUGCCCAGAGUGAAAAACAUGUGGUCGUGUGCUCCACGACAUUGCAUGCCGAUACGAUAAUGGAUUUCCUCAAUGAGUUCUAUGCCCAUCCACUGCUGCAGGACUACUAUGUGGUGCUGUUAAGUCCCAUGGAAUUGGAUACAACGAUGCGUAUGAUUCUGCAGGUGCCAAUAUGGGCUCAGCGUGUCAUUUAUAUACAGGGAUCCUGUUUAAAGGAUGGUGAUUUGGCACGAGCACGCAUGAAUGAGGCUGAGGCCUGUUUUAUUCUCGCCGCACGCAACUAUGCCGAUAAGACUGCUGCCGAUGAACACACAAUUCUACGUUCGUGGGCUGUUAAAGAUUUCGCCCCCAAUGUUCCGCAAUAUGUGCAGAUAUUCAGACCCGAACAUAAGCUUCAUGUUAAAUUCGCUGAACAUGUCGUGUGUGAGGACGAAUUUAAAUAUGCUUUGUUGGCUAAUAACUGUACAUGUCCUGGCGCUAGUACCCUGGUGACACUAUUGUUGCAUACAUCACGGGGGCAGGAAGGCCAACAAUCGCCCGAAGAAUGGCAUCGUUUAUAUGGCAAAUGUUCGGGUAAUGAAAUCUAUCACAUCGUUUUGGGUGAUAGUCGCUUCUUUGGCGAGUAUGAGGGUAAAAGUUUUACCUAUGCCAGUUUCCAUUCACAUCGAAAAUACGGCGUGGCCUUGGUUGGUGUGCGUCCAGCCCAUUUGCCAGAAUUCUAUGAGGAUACGAUACUGUUAAAUCCCGGUCCCAGGCAUAUCAUGAAAAAGGAUGACACCUGCUAUUACAUGAGCAUCACCAAGGAAGAGAACUCUGCAUUUGUGGUCAAUCAAAAUCAACAGAACCAAAAUGCAGACAAUGUGACGGGCAAGGAGAAUGAGAACACCCACAACAAUCCAAACACUAACACAACCAACAAUACAAUCAUAACAACAAUAGCGGCAAUAGCAACCACAUAUAACAACAACAACAACAGUAGUAAUAGCAACAACAAUAAUAACAACCCUUACAACAGCUACAACAAUGAUAAUGAUAGUUUAUAUAGUAAUAUUAGUACAAUAACAACAACAGCAACAAAUCUAUUAACAACUACAACAACAAUAACAAGCAAUCUUUGUCAAUAUGUAUAUCCAACAAUAAUAACAAGUACUACAACAACAACAUCCAUUAAUACAGCAACAACAACAACAACAUCAACAUCAUUAUUAUCAUCGCACACGGUCCCCAUACCAUCCGUCUGUGUACGUGUGCCCCAUAGCAUUAGUUACGACGCGGUAUUGGUGGGAGGUGGUCCACCCGGCUCCACUGUCAAUGCCGUCAAUGCCGCUGCGACCACAACCAACAUCUCCACCAUGACCACGACCACAAUGAACAACACCACCACCACCAUCACCAUGAAUAUGCCCAUUAUAGAACGGCAUAGCUCCGAAUGUGAUUUUACAACACUAUUUGUGCCAUCGGAUAAUCCCACAUCUGUGAUAAUCUCAGAUUCCAAACAGAAUCUCAAAGAUACUGCGGUAACAUCGACAAAUGCAACGCAAACACCUGCAGCAACGACUACAACCACUGUCACUACCACCACCAUACCCUUGAGUCUGGGCGGCAGCGGAGGGGUUGGCAUGGGUACUUUGGGCAGCGGCGGAGGAGGAGGUGGUAGUAGUUCUUUACAUGGUAGCUUAGGUAAUACAUUGGGUAUAGGUGGAGGAGGCGGCGGCGGCGGUAGUAGCAGCUGUGGUGGUGGCGGCGGUGGUCUUACCGUAGGCACCACAUCCCUUAGUACGGGCAAUCAUUUGGAUGUACCCCAAGCGGGCAAUCCGAAUUUGUUGAGCCCAGAUAUUUUGAAUCAAAGAAGAGGGAGCCGCCGCCCAUCCAUUUUGCCAGUGCCUGACAUGUUCACCUCCUCCUCAUUUAGCAUAUCCGGUAACGAUGAUGGCGACGAAGGCGAUGAAAGUGAUGAUGAAAUCGAUGAUGAUGUGCCAUGGCGUUCACCAUCCGAAAAAAUAGCCAUCGUUAAAGGAUUUCCGCCGGUAUCGCCGUUUAUUGGUGUGAGUCCCACGCUUUGUUAUUUGCUCAAGGAAAAGAAACCGUUGUGUUGUUUGCAGUUGGCGCAGGUCUGUGAACAUUGUAGCUAUCGCAAUGCCAAGGAGUAUCAAUGGCAAAACAAGACCAUUAUUUUGGCCGCCGAUUAUGCCUCAAAUGGAAUUUACAAUUUCAUUAUUCCACUGCGAGCCCACUUCCGUUCAAAGACCUCCCUGAAUCCGAUAAUUUUGUUGUUGGAACGACGACCGGAUGUGGCAUUUUUGGAUGCUUUAUCAUAUUUUCCUUUGGUCUAUUGGAUGUUGGGCUCCAUUGAUUGCUUGGAUGACCUUCUGAGGGCUGGCAUAACACUGGCCGAAAGUGUGGUGGUUGUAAAUAAGGAACUCUCAAAUUCAGCCGAAGAAGACUCACUGUCGGAUUGUAAUACCAUUGUGGCCGUUCAAACUAUGUUCAAAUUCUUUCCCAGCAUCAAAAGCAUUACAGAGCUGUCGCAAAGUUCCAACAUGCGUUUCAUGCAGUUUCGGGCUCACGACAAAUAUGCUUUACAUUUGAGCAAAAUGGAAAAGCGUGAAAAGGAACGCGGCUCCCACAUAUCGUACAUGUUUCGUUUGCCAUUUGCGGCUGGUGCCGUUUUCAGUGCCUCCAUGUUGGAUACCCUGCUCUAUCAGGCCUUUGUCAAGGAUUAUGUUAUUACCUUUGUGCGUUUGCUGCUCGGCAUUGAUCAGGCACCGGGCAGUGGGUUUUUGACAUCGAUGCGCAUUACCAAAGAGGACAUGUGGAUACGCACCUAUGGCCGUCUGUAUCAGAAACUCUGUUCGACAACAUGUGAAAUUCCCAUUGGCAUCUAUCGUACUCAGGACACUUCCAAUACGGAAGCAACACAUUAUGACGAGGAGACCACUGUUACGCCAGAUUCGGGUAAAGAUAGUAAGGAAGUAUUGCACAGUGUUACAUAUCGACCACCAUCAUCGGGUGGCCCUCAUACCCCUCAUAGUGGCCAUCCACAACACCAUAAGUCGACAACAUGUUUGGGUGGAUGUUCCGAUCGCAAAGGAUCAACAUAUUCCAUUAAUUUGGCCGAUGAGGCACGCGAUAAUCAUGCCCAGCAAAUCGAACGAGCGGAAAUUGCCAACUUGGUGCGCAGCCGCAUGGAGUCGUUGAAUUUACCCACCAUUGAUUACGAUGAUGUCAGUGAGAAGCGCAACCAUCUCUCGUAUGUGAUAAUCAAUCCGAGCUGUGAUCUAAAAUUAGAAGAAGGCGAUGUAAUAUAUUUAGUACGACCUUCACCCUUCUCAGCCCAGAAAACCUUUGAACGUCAUAACUCACGACGCAAAUCAAACAUAUCAUUUUGCUCCAACAUCAAUUUGGGCGCUGCCUGUGGCCCCAACGUGGGCUCGGUGGGCGUUGGCGGUAACACCGGUGCCGGCUCCAGGCGCGGUUCGGGCAUGGCUGGCCUCAAUCCCAUGCAAAUGCAAAGUGUCCAGACAUUGGCCGGUCCUACGGUUGUUGGCUCGCAGCGCGGACGGAGUAACUCAUUACGGAUUGAUAAUGACAUUUUACUGCGUCGUUCGUCAUCGCUUCGCCAGGGUUUGCCCAAUGUGGGCAUUAAUACGGGUCGAAGAAAAUCCUCGCUCGAAGAAAUCGGCAUUAGCCACUUUACCACGCUGAUGCAGGCCACCAAUCACACGAAUCCCAUUAAAAUCGCCCUGAAUGGCAGCAUUGGUUUGGAGAAUCGCAUUUCAUUGCAGGUAACACCACCCGAAGAGCCCACACCCAUUUUAGGUGUGCCCUGCAUUGUGCCUAGUGGCCAAGGUGGUGGCAUAAAUCCCUCCGCCUUGGGCGGCAAUAGUGGAGGUGGAGGCGGCGCUGGCGGUUCCACACUCAACAUUAACACAGCUGACUUGGCUGGCAGUUCCAAUCCCAACAGCCCCCUCCAAGUGCCCCAGGAUCAAUCACAAAACUCAGCUGUGCAGUCACCGCAACAUCUGCAGGGUACAAUUGUAUGAUACAACCUUAUGUGGGGUCGCAGACUCCGCUCUUCAAUAUCGAAGAAAAACAAAUGGAUUUAAUAUCGAGCCAAGAGAGAUUAAGGCGCUCUGUGCUGCGACCCAGUUCCGAAGAAGAUGAUGAUGUUGUACCAUAGUUGUCGUAGUAGCAUUACAACAAUAAUUAGCAAAUUCAAAAUCAACGAUAUGUUUAUGAGAAAUGAAUUUAAUUUAAUAAUAGACUUCAAUUUAAGUUAAUAAUGUAUUGAGUUAAGAAGAAGAACAAGA